AUUUAAUAAUAAGUAAGACCAGGAUAAUGCUUCGUAGCUUAAAACAACAGCCAAGUAGCUGGAAGCGUAGUUUGGCUACAAUUGCCGAUCCAGCGGCUAAUCCUAAUCGAGUUCAUGGUGGAUUAAAAGAUUCUGAUCGUAUUUUCCAAAAUGUUUAUGGAACUUAUGGACAUGAUUUAAAAUCAGCACAAAAGAUGGGAGAUUGGUAUAAAACUAAAGAAAUUAUUUUAAAAGGUGAUAAAUGGAUUAUUGAUGAAAUGAAAAAAUCUGGUUUAAGAGGUAGAGGAGGUGCUGGAUUCCCCUCUGGUCUUAAAUGGUCAUUUAUGAAUCCUCCAAAUUGGGAAAAAAAUGUUGGACCAAGAUAUUUAGUAGUUAAUGCUGAUGAAGGUGAACCAGGUACUUGUAAAGAUAGAGAAAUUAUUAGAAAAGAUCCUCAUAAAUUAGUUGAAGGAUGUUUAUUAGCUGGUAGAGGUAUGAAUGCUACUGCUGCUUAUAUUUAUAUUAGAGGUGAAUUUUAUAAUGAAGCAGUUAUUUUACAAAAUGCUAUAAAUGAAGCUUAUAAAUCUGGUUUACUUGGUAAAAAUGCUUGUGGUUCAGGUUAUGAUUUUGAUGUUUAUAUUCAUCGUGGUAUGGGAGCUUAUGUUUGUGGUGAAGAAACUGCAUUAAUUGAAUCAAUUGAAGGUAAAGCUGGUAAACCAAGAUUAAAGCCUCCUUUCCCUGCUGGUGUUGGUUUAUUUGGUAGACCAACUACUGUUGCUAAUGUUGAAACUGUAUCUGUUGCUCCAACUAUUUUAAGAAGAGGUGGAGAUUGGUUUGCAUCAUUUGGUAGAGAAAGAAAUUCUGGUACAAAAUUAUUUUGUAUUUCUGGUCAUGUUAAUGAACCAUGUACUGUUGAAGAAGAAAUGUCAAUUCCAUUAAAAGAAUUAUUAGAAAAACAUUGUGGUGGUAUUAAAGGUGGAUGGGAUAAUUUAUUAGGAGUUAUUCCUGGUGGAUCAUCAGUUCCAAUUAUGACCAAAGAAACUUGUGAAAAUGUUUUAAUGGAUUAUGAUGCAUUAAGAGAUGUUGGAUCAGGUUUAGGUACUGCAGCUGUUAUUGUUUUAAAUAAACAAACUGAUAUCAUUAGAGCUAUUCAAAGAUUUGCUCAUUUCUAUAAGCAUGAAUCAUGUGGUCAAUGUACUCCAUGUAGAGAAGGUACAACUUGGUUACAAAGAAUGAUGGAUAGAUUUGUUUCUGGACAAGCUACUGAAAAGGAAAUUGAUAUGAUUUUUGAAUUAACUAAAGAAGUUGAAGGUCAUACUAUUUGUGCUUUAGGUGAUGCUGCUGCUUGGCCAAUUCAAGGUUUAAUUAAAUCUUUUAGACCUGUCAUGGUAGAUAGAAUUAAUGAAUUUAAAGCUAAGAAUGAAACCAUUGGUUAUGGUGGUUGGAUAGAAGGUGGUAAAGUCAAAGAAGGUAGAGUGGUUGACAAUCCCGUUCCAGCCCAUCAUUAAUCAAUCAUCAUAGAUAUAUCACAUACAAUCAUUCUUUAUUGAUUGUUUAAUCAUUAAUCAUACCUACACAAAAAAAAAAAAAA